CGUGAACAGGGCGUCUCCAGGUGGGUUGGGGACGAACGCCCAGUGGGCGAGGUGGUGCAGGUGCUCGGGCCAGUGAGGUGAACUUGCUGCGGGGCCCCUGCCCUGCCCCUGUAAAGUCGUGCCUGCCGGGAUCCUGGCCGUUGUUCAUGGCCUCUAACUGGAAAUUUUCCAGCAGCCGUCGCGGGGCAGGCAAAGAAGCCGUGUAAAGAGGGUGCUUCAUUGCAUCUUUUGGACCUCGGAGAGUCGAAGUGAUAGACUUUCACGGAACACUUUGAACACCAAGCAUCGAGGCAAAUAUUAUCCAGUAUCGCUAUUGCACCGACCGUACAUCUAGACUCGACACCGACCAAUACUAUCGCAACAGCCAAUCAUUAGCGCGACCGUCUCCAAAAAACUUCAACCACUCCGAAGGAAUCACCUCUUCCUCACCUCGCCAAGCAGACGGCGACAAAGCUCCAACUUUUUUGUCCACACCAGCCAGGAAGCCCACCAUGGCACCUCCCCAACCAACAACCACAAAACCCGACGUAGAAGACGACCCCAUCGUCGCCACCUACAACGUCUUCAUCAAGCCUCCCCUCCCCCAAGACCGCAAGCUCGUCGUCCUCCGCUACGUCACCAAGACCGCCCAAGACCCGUCCUCCAUCAAGCCGCCACGGAUCAACGGCUUCCGCGUGAAGCCCGAAACAGGCAUCUACGAGGUCGACAUCCCUCUCGAGACGAGCGAUGGCUACAACAAGGACAAGGGUAUUGCGUGGGGUGUGGCGCUAGCCAAGUCGAUGGAGUCCAAGAAGGGCGGCAGUCUUGGUCUGGCCGGUGGUUUCAACAUUGGUGGACAAGGAGGAUCGGCACGCGGUGGCCCUGGAGCUGGUGGUGCGGGUGGGCGGCGUGGCGGUAAUUCUGGAGGAGGAGACGAUGAUGAGGCGCAAAACCUGAGCUGGCCUGAGGCUGUGGCGCAAGGCAAGGCCAUUAUCGACCAGAAGUUGACGGGUAGUCGUAGUGCGGGCGAGGAUUACGUGAAGCACAUGGUUGGUGUGUUUCAAGGAAACAACCUCCAUCUGACCCCAGUAACCUCCCUCGUCCAACUCCGACCUGUAGCCCCUUAUCUUGACGCCGCCACCGAGCAAGAACGGCUUGCUCGUCUUGGCCCCUCCGCCGCGGGCGGCGCCGGUGGUCCCGCCGACAAGCAGGCCGCGGGGCGUGCAAUCCACAUGUCCAUCAAGUCGUCUGAUUCGGGAGCGGCAGGAGCGGCAGCCGAGACCAUGGCGGACCGUUUGCGCGCUGUGCAGACAGAACCCUGGCACAACCUCAAGUGGUACCACGACGAGCACGGCGAGGCGUGGGACACGUAUAAUGAGUGUAUGCUUUUGCGGUCGAGCGAGGCUGCUAAUGCUGCGCCGGUUGCAGAGGACGAGGUGGAUGAAGAGAAGAAGAAGGAGAUGAAGGAAGAGAAGGAUGGGGAGGAGGCGGCGGCGGCGGCAGAGCCAACAGAUGAUAGCGGAGCGCCUGAUCUGGUUGAGAAAGUGAAUAGGCUGCAGUCGGAUUGGGGCGAAGAGCAAAUCCUGCGGUCGAUCAACGGGUUGGGGCCGGAUGAUAAGAAGCCGGGUGAGGAGGCGGUUUCGGUGCCCUCGGUUUUUGGCACGAAAAAGGCCACCGUCACGGCUGCGGCGAACAAGGUUGUUAACAGCAAGGGAAAGGGAAAGGCGGUAGCAGCGGCAACAUCUUCUUCGUCGAAUGCCAUGCAGCUUGACUAGGAGUCAGAGACUGUCGGCGAUAAGAGAAGGACCUCACGCUUGAAGCGGUAAAGGCAAAGGGAGUGGGAGCGAAAGCUGAGCACAUAUCAUAUGUGAGCCUUUCCAAGCGGGAGCCCCAAUAUAGAGGGUCAGCGGCUACUACCCUUUGGUUAACUGAUAGAUUCUCUUCUCAUCUUUAAGAAAAAUACGAUACCCUACGACUGACUCCCA